AUGGCCUCCGCAAUCAACGACGAUGAGCUCUCCAUCUCCCUCCCUCAGAAUGAUACCAACCGGUCGAGACCAUCUCUACCCCCAGUUGUCUCUCCACCGACCCGCCCUAGCCUGAGUCCGACGCCGAUGGCUGAAUCACCGGGAACCAUUCGAGCCAUGAAUCGACUACAUCAAUACAGCUUUGUCCGCAACAUCGGCGAAGGCUCAUUUGGUAAAGUCAAGCUAGCAAGACACAAGGUGACUGGUCAAGAGGUUGCUAUGAAGACGAUUAGCCGACGGAAGUUGAUCAGCCGCGAUAUGGCUGGUCGGAUAGAACGCGAGAUACAAUACCUCCAGCUCCUUCGGCACCCCCACAUCAUCAAAUUGUACACUGUCAUCACAACCAAGACUGACAUAUACAUGGUACUAGAGUAUGUCCCCAUGGAGUUAUUUGACUACAUUGUUAAGCAUGGUCGACUGGGAGAAGCCAAGGCCCGCAAGCUGUUCCAGCAGAUUAUAUGUGCGGUCGAAUAUUGUCAUCGACAUAAGAUCGUGCAUCGAGACCUGAAGCCGGAGAAUCUUCUCCUCGACAAGAAUAUGAACGUCAAGAUUGCUGACUUUGGUCUGAGCAACAUCAUGACGGAUGGCAAUUUCCUGAAGACCAGCUGUGGAAGUCCGAACUAUGCCGCGCCUGAAGUUAUUGGCGGAAAGCUGUAUGCCGGUCCGGAAGUCGAUGUUUGGAGUUGUGGAGUCAUUCUCUACGUAUUCCUCGUCGGUAGACUCCCAUUUGAUGACGAGUUCAUACCGGCCCUAUUCAAGAAAAUCCAGGCGGGCACUUUUCACAUCCCUUCACAAACUCCGCCAGGCGCAGUGAACCUGAUCAAGCGAUGCUUACAAGUGCAUCCUGUGCAUCGCAUUACCAUUCCUGAAAUUCGACAAGAUGAAUGGUUUGUCAAGGAUCUACCGGCGUAUCUGGUCGAUCCGGUCGAAGAAUUCCUUGAUACAGGUGUUGACCCGAGCAAAGCAAUUGACCCUAGACAACUCGCACCGGGAAAACCACCCGAGGUCGUUGAAAGAAUCCAUGAACAAGUGGUUGGAAAGCUCGGUCGUACUAUGGGUUACGCAAAAGAAGAUGUCAAAGAUGCCCUGAGCAAAGACGAGCCAAGUGCCAUCAAAGACGCAUAUCUCAUUGUGAGAGAAAAUCAACUGAUGAUCGACACUCCGCAAUACCGUUCGGAAAAUCCAGAAUUGGAGUCAUUCAUGGCUUCAUCGCCUCCAGUCGAGCCGAAUUAUCCCAACUUUCCUGGUUCGCCAACUGGUGGACGCAGGAUCCAGGAUGACGUGAAGCCGCUGACUCCCACUCGGGCAGAUACGCACCGCACGAGCCGUGCACUAUCUGAUACCCCCGCUGCGCUCAAAGAAGAGGAAAAGCCGAGAAUUUCAAAUGUUCGCGUUUUGAACACAUCACUUCCUCACGUCCACGAGGAAUUACUCCAAAUUAGAGAAAAGGCAAAGAUGAAUGGCGAGGAUCCUGAUUUAGUUCUGCACCCUUCGCAAGAUCCCGAUAAGAAAGACGACACCGGAAGCCCCAUUCCAGAAGAAAUCAAGGACGAACAGGGAAAUCCCAUCUAUAGGUCCAAGGAAGAGCAAGAGGCCACUUCAAGAGCAUUGAAGCCGCAUUCAAGGUCGGUGACAGCUCUCAAUUCUCUGAGAGAUCAGAAGAGUCGGCCUGAAAGCAUGACGGCUAUUCCACAGGAGGAAAAGCGACCUGCAGCUCCCAAAUCGAAGCCACGAAAAUGGCAGUUCGGUAUCAGGUCGCGAAACGCACCCUAUGAAGCGAUGAAGUGUCUGUAUUCAGCUCUCAAGGCUCAGGGUGCUGAAUGGGAAGUCAACCCAUGGCUCAAACCAGAAAGUAUGCCAGAUGGAGAAGAUGAGAAAGACAAUAUUCCACCACCUCCGCCUGAAUUGGCCCCGGGUGAACGCCACACCAUCCUGCAACAAAAGUAUUCAUUUGUCGGUGAGGAUUACUAUGUGCCCCGUGAUCCUUGGAACAUUCACGCUCGAAUCCUGAAGAGGGGUAUGUUGAUGCCCGGGGAAGGACCAUCUCUCUCCGCCCACAGUUCGGCUGUCAGCCUUCCAGCCGAGGCUCAAAAUCAAUUGAAAAAGCAUAUCGAGCAACUUGGCGGGUAUGCUUCGGAAGAUGUGGCAAAGGCGCUAGGGAUGAAUGGAGCCAAUGCAGGACCAUCCAAGAUCAAAUCUCCACCUCCAGGGACUCACGGCGCGAAACCAAUGAGUACAGGAGGCGAGCAAAGUGGUCUUCAGAAUCAGGACGCGUUCACCGGACCAGGACAGCCAAGUAGCAGACCGGAGAGCCUCUCAGCACUGAACAAGAAGAUCCCGAGCGAGAACAUUGGAGUCUGGGUGUUCAUCGACAUUCAGCUGUAUUGUCUUGAGAGUCAGACGUAUGUGGUUGACUUCAAAUGCGAUGGAUAUCAGAAUGUCAUCUGGCACGACUUGAAAAAGGAAAGAGAGAAGAAUAAGACACCCACAAGCAGCAGUACGGUGACCAGUCCAUCAACGAGCAGACCAGCUAGUGGAUUCGGGGAAAUCAGUCACCCGAGUUCGGUUCAACUAGAUGUAGAGGAGUUGGAUGGCUAUUGGAAGCCGGUUAGCAAGCGAUACAAGAAUGUGGAGAAGGAAAUCUCGAGCCCCUAUCCAUAUCUGGAUGUGGCUAGUGAUUUGGUUGCACAACUCGUAAGUCUGAGUAUCAGUGAUGCAGAACGGUCCUGA